UAUAUUAUCUGUUGUCAAUGUUUUUGUGUGCGUUCAUGGGUGACUUUCAAAGAUAAGCACUAUAAAAUAUAUUGCUUUCUUAUACUCAAAUGUUGUCUCUUUCGCUUUUAUUUCACGUUUUAUGAUACAUACUAUGACCCAUGUUCAAAACAAUAAUUUAUGAAAAGAAAAAGCAAAUUUUUGAAAAGAAAAAAUCAAGUGCUGUUCAUGAUGCAACAUGCAUUGAUUGCGGUGAAGGGGAUCAUUACACCCAACAAUACUUUAAAUGUGAAUUGUAUAAGACAGAAACUGCAGAUCAAGUUGGUUCGAAAGGUAGAAAACGCAAACAGAACCUUGAGAUCAAAGAGGAGAAUGAAGACCCAGAGGAAGACAAUGCGUGUUGUACCAAAUGCAAGCAACCAGGACAUAAAUCGGUGCGUUCUCCUCUGUGUCCUCAACAUGUAUUAUCCAAGGCAGAGGUUCAACAUCAUUUGGGGUGUAAUUAUAAUGCGUUUACAAUAAGGUUGCCUCUUGAUAAUUGUGUUUUUGGUGACUAUAGCAACACUUUCCAAUCAAAAGUGAAGAAGAAAGUAUUGCCGUAAUAAUCACGGUUUUCCUCACAUUUUGAGGAUUUAGAUCAUUACAGCUAAAAUACUGUAGGGAGCAACCCCGCAAAUUCGUUGUUUCAAGGAAGAUCAUUGGUUAAAAUUGUUACCCCUUGAAUUUUAGUUCGGAUCAAAAACCAAAGGCGGC